UGGAGCAAAGUGAACGGGAAAGGAUCGACGAUGAACUGGAGAGGCGGAAUCAAGAUAUGAUAAACUUAGAGGCUGAGUCAACGUAUGAUGUGUUCCUGAGUUCAGGAAUCGAUAGUUGUGCAUUCGCCGAUAGCCUCUAUCACUGCUUGAAAGCCGACGGAAUUCGUGUUUUCAGAGAUGGUGAGCUUCCGCUAUCCGUCUACAGCUCCAGGAUCUACAUACCUAUCUUUUCUGUGAACUACCCUUUCAGCACUCGGUGCCUUGACGCACUCGAACUCAUGGUAGAACACACUUCUAGAUCAGGUGGGAAGAAAGAGAUCCUACCCGUUCUCUACGAUGUGGAGUGGUCUGAUGUGAAUAUGGAAAAAAAAUCACUCUACGGAGACGCCCUGGACUCGCACAGGUUGUGGUUUGGCGCUGAGAAAGUCGAGAAGUGGGAGAAGGCUCUUGCGGAGGCUGGUAAAGUCAAGGGAUGGGAACGAUGUUCAUAUAAAGGUGAAAGGGAACUUAUCACAACAAUUGUUGGAGAAAUUUCGCCUAAGCUGAAGAUAGAGCACAAUUAUGCGCCUGAAGAUCUAUCCACCAGUGCUGAGGCACUCAAAAUCGAUAUAGAGCAUGAAGAUCUAUUCACUGGUGCUGAGGCACUCAAAACUGAUAUAGAGCAUGAAGAUCUAUUCACUGGUGCUGGACCACCAAAGCCAACAUAG